GCUCCCAAAACAGGACAAAUUUCAUGAACCCAUUGCUUUCAUUAAUAUUUUCACACAUAAACAAUUCCUAACUUGUUUUAAUUUGUAGCUAGCUCUCUUUAAAAGAGUUUAUUUAAUUUAAAGUUUGGUAAAUAGUCUGUAUAUCCCAAAAUCGCAAAAUGCCACCAACAAAAAAUGUUUUGUCUAUUAAAGAUAAAAUGGAAAUUAUCAAUGUGUUCGAGAAAGAAAAAAUAAGUGUUCGUGAGAUUGCGAAAAGGUUCUAUAUUAGCAAAUCGCAAGCUGCAGAUAUUAAAAAAAAUAGAGAAACCAUUCGUUCUAAAUGGGAGUCUGGAGCUAAUGUUCUUCAAAAGAGAAGUUUUAUAAAAGAAGGAGGAUCUGAUAUUGACAAAAUGUGUUUUGAUUGGUUCACUAAGGCUAGAAGACAAAACAUUCCUGUUUCUGGUCCGAUUGUACAAGCUAAGGCGAAAGAAGUAGCGCGGAAGUUGGGUGUAUUAAAUUUUGUUGCAUCAGAUGGAUGGUUAAAUCGAUGGCGCAUAAGAAAUAAUGUUGCUUUUAGGAGCAUAUCUGGUGAAACUUCAGAUGUAAGCUCAAUGGAUGUUGAGCAAUUCAAGGCAAAGCUACCAUCUCUGCUACGCGACUACAAGCCAGAAGACAUUUACAAUGCCGACGAAAGCGGACUAUUCUUUCGUGCAUUACCUGACAAAACUCUCGGUCUUAAGUCCGAAAAAUGUAUGAGUGGGCAAUUAUGUAAGGAGAGGCUAACAAUCCUAUUUUGUAUAAACAUGGCUGGACAAAAGGAACAGCUUUGGUCGUUGGAAAAGACACCCUUCCUCGACCAUUUAAACAUCUUUCUUUAAAUGAACUUCCAGUGGAUUGGCAAUCUAACCACAAAGCAUGGAUGACUCAUGAAAUCAUGACUACAUGGCUAACUCAACUAAAUAGGAAAAUGAAAUUUCAAAAUCGGAAAAUUAUUUUGUUCUUGGAUAAUGCAGCAACACAUCAAAGUCAUAUGAACUUUACAAACAUUAAAAUAAUUUUCUUGCCUCCAAUUACAACCGCAGUUUGCCAACCUCUUGAUCAAGGCAUAAUACAAAAUUUUAAAAUUGAAUAUAGAAGCUUAAUGUUACAACACUUGCUCCCAAAAAUCGAUUCAGCGAGUUCGGCAUCAGAGUUAGCAAAUUCCGUUAAUGUUCUUGAAGCUUUAUACUUCAUUCAAACCUCGUGGAAUAAAAUUAAAGCCACAACCAUCAAAAACUGCUUUCUUAAAGCUGGUUUCCCACACACCAAUCAAAGUUUGCCCGAUUUUAUUGACGAGGAUGAUAAGUUUCGGGUCACGUACAGAAAUUUAAAAAAUGUAAUACCUUUUAAUUUUGACGAUUUUGUUGAAAUUGAUAAAGUUGUCUUUACUGAAGAAAAUUCUAUUGAAAUACAAGUUGAACCAGACCUUGCAGAGAUUAGUUACUCCGAUGACGAAACAAUUGAAGAAAUUGCCGAGCCAAUAGUAUCGUACAAA